AUGUUUAAAACGUUUAAUUUAACAAAAGGUCUUUCAAAAAAGGCUUCUAUGCUUUCAAAAGGUCAACAAAAAAGAUUUUUAGCAAUUCACGAAUAUUUAUCAAUGGAUCUUUUAAACAAUUAUGGUAUAAAAACUCCUAAAGGCUCUGUCGCAAAAACUCCAUCAGAAGCAUAUGAUGUAGCUCAAAAACUUGGUACUGAAGAUGCAGUAAUCAAAGCUCAAGUUUUAGCUGGUGGUCGUGGUAAAGGUACAUUCGAGAGUGGACUUAAAGCUAGAAUGUUUGCUGAACAAAUGUUAGGUCAUAAACUUGUAACAAAACAAACUGGUGCAGCUGGAAAAAUAUGUAAUGCGGUAUAUAUCGUUGAACGUAAAUUUGUUCGACGUGAAUAUUAUCUUGCCAUUUUACAAGAUCGAAAAUCUCAAGGUCCUGUAAUAGUUGCCUCAUCUCAAGGAGGAAUGGAUAUUGAAAGUGUUGCAGCAGAAAGUCCUGAAGCCAUCAUUACUUUGCCAAUUGAUAUAGAUGUUGGAUUGGAAAAGGACAGUGCUCUAACUUUGGCUAAAAAAUUAGGAUUUUCUAAUAAAGUUCAGGAAGAUGCUGCUGAUAUGAUGCAAAAACUCUACAAGUUGUUUAUAGAAAAAGACUGUACGCAAGUAGAAAUUAAUCCAGUGGCAGAAUCUACCGAACAUGAAGUAUUAUGUAUGGAUGCAAAACUUAAUUUUGAUGAUAAUGCAGAAUUUCGUCAAAAAGAUAUAUUCGCAUUACGUGAUACAUCACAAGAAGAUUCUCGUGAAGUUCAAGCAGCAAAAUUUAAUCUAAAUUAUAUUGGCCUAGAUGGUCAAAUUGGUUGCUUAGUAAAUGGAGCGGGUUUGGCAAUGUCAACUAUGGAUAUUAUUAAGCUUCAUGGUGGCGAACCAGCUAAUUUCUUGGAUGUUGGUGGUGGUGCUACAUCUGAACAAGUGACUGAGGCAUUCAAAAUUAUUUCAUCAGAUCCACAAGUCACAGCAAUUUUGGUAAAUAUUUUCGGAGGUAUUAUGCGAUGUGAUAUUGUUGCUAAAGGUAUCAUUCAAGCAGCAACACACUUGUCUUUAUCGAUACCUGUAAUAGUAAGGCUACAAGGCACCGAAGUGGAGGCAGCAAGAAAAUUGAUUUCAGAAUCUGGUUUGCGUAUAAUUUCUGUGGAUGAUCUUGAUGAAGCAGCAACCAAAUCUGUACAGUUAUCAAAAAUUGUCCAACUUGCACGCAAUGCAAAUAUCGAUGUCUCAUUUGAAUUACCUAUAUAA